CUUCACGUAGCAUCCAGUACGUUCACACCAGCGAAGAAAGAAACACACAGACGAGUUCUCAUUCAUAUGUCUGACGGGGCUAAUGAGGUUGCCCAGAAGUUCUACAUCACCAUCCGGCCGGUGGAUGACUCCCUCCCCCUGCUGGUGGUUCCUGGGAUGAGGGUUCAGGAAGGGGUCAGGAAGACCAUCACUGAGUUUGAACUGAAGGCCACCGACGCUGACACAGAGGAGGAGUCCAUCACCUUCACCGUAGUCCAGGCCCCACGUCACGGCACCAUGGAGCGGACCAACAACGGACAACACUACCGCCAGACCAACAGCUUCACCAUGGAUGACGUCUACCAGAACAGAAUCAGCUACAGCCACGAUGAAUCCAACUCACUGAAGGACGGAUUCACCUUCACUGUAACUGAUGGGACUAACGUCUUCUUUAUGGUGGAGGAGGCAGGCAAGGAGGUGUUGACUGCUGCACCCCAGAAGUUUAAGAUAGACAUUCUGCCUGUUGAUGAUGGAGCACCUCGUAUCGUCAUGAACCUGGGUCUGCAGUGGCUGGAGUACACGGACAACAAGGCCACCAACCUGAUCAGUAAGAAGGAGCUGUUGACCAUGGACCCAGACACAGACGAUGGCCAGCUGGUCUAUGAGGUCACUGCAGAGCCUAAACACGGCUACCUGGAAAGCAAACUGAAACCUGGCGCUCCCAUCACCACCUUCACACAAGCUGACGUUAACCUGGGCUUGAUCCGCUACGUGCUCCAUGAAGACAGCGUGACAGAGACCGUGGACAACUUUACGUUCCUGGUGAAGGACACCAAGCCCAACGUUGUCUCUGAUAACCUCUUCCAUAUCCAGUGGUCCCUCGUCAGCUUCCAACACAGGAGCUACAAUGUGAGUGAGAAGGCUGGCACGGUGUCGGUCACAGUGAAGAGGACGGGUAACCUGAACCAGUAUGCCAUCGUGCUGUGUCGUACGGAGCAGGGCACUGCCACCUCUACCUCCAGUGUGGGCUCUCGCCCCGGACAGCACGACUACGUGGAGUACGCUGGACAGGUCCAGUUUGACGAGCGUGAGGACACAAAGGUGUGUACCGUAGUGAUCCAGGACGACAAGGUGUUUGAGGGCAUGGAGAGUUUCCAGGUGGAGCUGAGCAUGCCUGUCUACGCCCUCCUGGGUCAGGUGACCCGCGCCAGCGUCAACAUCAACGACACAGAGGACGAACCCACGCUGCAGUUUGACAAGAAGACCUACCACGUCAACGAGAGUACCGGGUUUAUACACGCUCCUAUAGAGAGGAAAGGUGACACCAGCAGUACGGUCUCAGCUCUCUGUUACACGGUUCCUAAGUCAGCUAAGGGUAGCAGUCCACACGGCCUGGAGUCUGGGUCUGACUAUAAGAGUCGAGGUAUGACUGUUGACAGCAGGGUCAUCUUCGGCCCCGGCGUCUCCAUGUCCACCUGCGACGUCAAGCUCAUCGACGACAGCGAAUACGAACUCUCCGAGGAGUUUGAGCUCCACCUAUCGGACGCCUCGGAUAACACCCGUGUGGGUGAUGUCAGCGUGGCGCUGGUGGUUAUCCACGGGCCAAAUGAUGCUUUGACGGUAUCCCUGGGCAACGCUACGUUUACGUUCAGCGAGGACGCCGGCACCAUCGAGAUCCCAGUGCUGCGUCAGGGCAGUGACCUGUCGUCAGUGACAUCUGUGUGGUGCGCCACGCGCCCCUCUGACCCCCCCUCCGCCACCCCCGGGGUCGACUACAUCCCCUCCUCCAGGAAGGUGGAGUUCAAAGCCGGAAAGACUUUGGAGACGUGCAGUCUGACCAUCAUGGAUGACAUUCAGAACCCAGCCAUGGAGGGGGCUGAGUCCUUUGUAGUGUUCCUCUCCUCCCCUCAUGGGGCCGUUCUUCUGGAACCUUUCCAAGCCUCCGUGGUCAUCACUGAUACCUUGGACCUUCCCAGCAUGCAGUUUGAGAAGACGGCGUACAAGGUGACGGAGAAGGAGGGCGUGCUGGACAUCCCCAUCGUUAGAACGGGAGACCUGACGGUCGAGUCCUCUGUCUGCUGCUUCACGCGCACCAUGUCUGCCAGGGUCACGGACGACUUCGAGGAGAGGAGGAACGCAGACGACUCACGUAUCGCCUUCCUCAAGGGAGAGAAGGUCAAGAACUGCACAGUGCACAUCAACGACGACUCUGUGUUCGAGCCUGAGGAGGAGUUCCAGGUGCAUCUUGGGACGCCGCUUGGGGACCACUGGAGUGGAGCCAUGGUGGGAGUUAGCGGUGUGGUCACGGUAACCAUCACUAACGCCGAGGACGCCCCCACCAUAAAGUUUGAGCAGACGUCGUACCAGGUGCGGGAGCCCCCCGGGCCAGACGGCAUCCAGGUGCUUCACAUCAAGGUGGUCAGGACAGGAGACCAGGACCGCACCUCCAAGGUCCGAUGCAGCACCCGGGACGGAUCAGCCCAGUCCGGAGUGGACUACAACCCCAAGAGCAGAGUCCUCAAGUUCACCCCUGGCAUGGACCACAUCCUGUUCAAUGUGGAGAUUCUGUCCAAUGAGGACAGAGAGUGGCACGAGUCCUUCUCGUUGGUCCUCGGCCCUGACGACCCAGUGGAGGCGGUGCUUGGAGAGAUCACCACGGCAACAGUCACCAUCCUGGACCAGGAAGCUGCGGGGAGUCUCAUCCUUCCGGCCACGCCUAUAGUGGUAUCUCUGUCAGACUAUGAUAACGUGGCUGAGGUGUCUAAGGAGGGCAGUAAGAAGCAGCCGUCGCCCGGUUACCCCCUGGUGUGUGUGACGCCCUGUGACCCCCACUACCCCAAAUACUCUGUGAUGAGGGAGCGCUGCGACGAGGCAGGCAUCAACCAGACCUCUGUUCACUUCUCCUGGGAGGUGGCUGCCCCUACAGACACCAACGGGGCCAGGUCACCCUUCGAGACCGUNAGGUCACCCUUCGAGACCGUCACUGAUACCACACCAUACACUGGUGUUAACCAUAUGGUCCUGGACAGUAUCUAUUUCUCUCGGCGGUUCCAUGUACGCUGUGUGGCUCAGGCCCGGGACAAGUCCGGCCAUCUUGGAACACCCCUGAGGAGUAACAUAGCAACCAUCGGCACCGAGUGUUCCAUCUGCCACACCCCCGUUACCACGGGAACCGCCAGAGGGUUCCAGGCCCAGUCGUUCAUCGCCACGCUGAAGUACCUGGACGUCAAACACAAGAGGCAUCCGAACCGGUGA